CAGCUGUGCACCGUGGGCUAUGAUCUCACUAAAUCGCCCUAAUAAAUGACAUCAAAUUUCAUACUGCGGAGUCGCCGUGGGCCUGUACCGCCAGCUGCCGCCUGGAAAUGUGGCGCAAGGGAGCCGUGUGUCCCGCGGCCGCUGUCGGAUGCUGAAACGCGCACUCAGCCCCGUGUGUGUGGACGCUGGAUGUCCGUUAUGAAACACGCCACCGUGGUGCCGAGCGCGAGGAGGUGCAGAGCCUGUGAAGCCCGCAAAUGAAUUACAAGAAAUCCAUUUAGCCGCAACACAAUCCUGCGGUUUUGGUUCCAGGUGGACCAGCAGCAUCCUCAUCCUCAUCAGCUGCGCUCUCAUCCGCUCCUUUUUCUUCUUCUUCUUCUUCUCCUGGACUGUGGAUAACAAGAACCAUCAAGACGGAGGGGGUGGUGGAGCAUCGAGGGAAAAACCGGGGCAACAUGAGAGACCGGGACUUCAUGCCCAAUAUGGAGAGGGGGAAACCUGCCACUUACACGGGGGACAAAAAGGCUAAGAUGGCUGCUAAGACGAACAAGAAGUGGGUGAGACUCGCCACUGUUUUUGCGUAUGUGUUGUCCGUGUCCUUAGCAGCCAUUAUCCUGGCCAUUUACUACAGCCUGAUCUGGAAACCAACUAGUGGCUCCUCUUCUGUGGGGAGGCCGGGGGUUCCUGGGGAGGUCACCCCCACCGCGAACAUCUCGCUUAAUAGUUCCGCGGGCUACAACGUCUCUGUAGAGUGGAGCUCUACACAGUCUACACAGCCUACACAGCCUACACAGUCCCUGAACCUGAAUCAGAGCCGGCAGCUCACGGCAGCCGCGCACAGCCAGUUCCAGUGGAAGGACACAGCAGCAGCAGACACUGCGCACACGCAGCAGCAGACAAACGGACACUACGCGUCACCCCACGGCCACACGAGCACGCAGAGAUCCGACACUGUGGGCAGAGAGGCGCGCGCGUCUCAGCAGAGCCGGGGGGGCCAACACAGCGGGGAGUCCGAUGAGGAGGAGACGGUGGAGAAGAGGAGAGGUGCAGGAGUGACAGCCGACAAACAGGAGCCCGAGCUGAGAGCUGCGGAGUCUGCCACUGCUGGACUGAGAGGAGACUGAUCAGGCCUCCAUCACCUCCAUCACCUCCUGCCUCACACACAGUCAAAACCCACGGUGGAGUGUUUCACAUACUCGGAGCCGCAGGUCGGAUUAAAACACACUUCUUCUUUAAAGCAGAUCCUGUUGUGGAUAAUGAACUGCACAUGAUGAACUGAUAUUUUGAGGAGACAUCAUUUCCUUUAUCCCUUACACACACACACACACACACACAAAACUAUGCUUUUAUUAUUAUACUUAUUAUUAUUUUAUUGUUUUAGGCCAUCUGUAUGCCUUAAAAUAAUCAGUGUGUUGACACCUAACAAUGCUGUGGAUGUUUUUGUUAAAUGAAUAGGACUAAAAGAAAGCUCCAGAGACACAGUUGUCUCGCGCUUAACCAUCACUGCCACUCAUUUAGCUGAUUGAAAUCAUUCUUAACACAUAUUAUAGGCUGUUGGAUCAAACCUGGAUUCCAUGUAGAAAGAAACAACUGCAUUGUUGAGUUAUGCUCAGGUAUGUGCGUACAGUAUAACCAUGUUAUUGUGUAUUUGUACAUAAAAUAUAGAGGGAGGGGGCAGGCAUACAUCCUUUUUCAGCCUUGAUGAACUUUUAGUGUAGACAAUUUUUAUUCAAGGUAUAGUAUGUAGGUAUAAACUAUAUCACAACAGUACAAAUAAACAUCCUUAGAAAACGACUCAUAUCUAUGCUUUUAUAUAACUCAUCUAUGUGUAAAUUAUGAAUGAACCUUGUCCUGUAUAUUCAUGAUAUUUUAUUUAUUCAGAGCCAGAACGGAUAAAAUAAAUGCUAGAUUUGUCCUUACAGCUAACAAUUUAAAAAAAAAAAUCUUUUUUUACAGAUGGAUUUAAAUGACUGGUAUUAAAAUGCAGGUUUAGCCCGAAUUAUGACGCUUGUCUGUCUUGUGAUGUGGACGCUCAGCGGCUACUUUAACUGCUCGUGUGUGAACAGAGAGAUGUUGCAUUCAUCCUCCCGUCUGCCACAGUUCACCCGCUUGCUGCAGCUCUCAGUGAAAUCACUUCACACAGUCUUGUGUGUUAUGAAGUGGAAAUGUGACCGGCCACUGUGUGCACUCUCUCUCAGCAGCAAGCAAGCAUGUGAGGGAGGGAGGGAGGUGUAUUGAUUCGAGAGAGCUCUGUUGUUGCACUGUAACAACAAAAAAAAAAACACAUUACACAAUACCGCUUGGUGUUAUUUUGAUUCCGCUCGCUCUGGAGAGGACAGUUUAGCGGUUGAGAGGUUUGAAACUUGUGUUCCCCCACUUGUGUGUCACGACACUGUGCACUGUUCAUGUUAAAGUGACGGUGGGCCAAACAGGAAGUGGACCAAAAAUAUGUGCAGUAACGCUGAACGUCCAUAACACACCGACAGGCCUGACAGAUGACGGUGUUCAUCAGUCCUGGUGUUUAUGGCUGCAACCCGCACUGAACUCAGUACAUGGUAUCUGACCUUGUGACCUUUGAACUCAGUCACCCGGGGAAGAUGCUGAUGUGAAAUAAAAAAGAUCACACAGAGAUUAA